CUCCCCCGGCGCCGCGGCCCUUCGCGCUCUCGCGCCCGUGCUCGCGCUGCUGCUCCGGCUCCUCCAUCUUGGCCUCGGCAGUGGCGGCUGCCGGGAGGAUGUGCCGCCUUCUGGCAGGGGGAAGAAGGUGGAGAAGAUGAAGAAGUACCAGCGGGCCUUGGCCCUGGCCUCCUGCCUCUCCCUGUGCUCCCUGGUCUGGCUUCCCAGCUGGCGUGUAUGUUGUAAAGAGAGUUCUUCAGCUUCAGCUUCAUCAUAUUACUCUCAAGAUGACAACUGUGCGCUAGAAAAUGAAGACAUACAAUUUCAGAAAAAGGAUGAAAGAGAGGGACCUACUAAUGCAGAAUUAUUGGGAAAAUUGGGUUCAAAUUUGCCCAUUCCUCCAGAAGAAAAUAAAUUAAAAGAUGACUGUAUUGUGGAUGUACAACAUACAGAGUCAGGAAAGUUAAAUCCACCUGUGGUUGAGACACUCCCUGCAGUUGAUUUGCAUGAAGAUACUUCCAGUGCAGUUGGGAACAGUGAAGAUGCUGAAAAUAUUUCCAGCUCAUCUACCUCAGAAAUCACUCCAGUCUCAAAGCUUGAUGAAAUAGAUAAAGCUGGUACUAUCCCAAUAGCCAAGGCAAGUGAAACUGAGCAAUCUGAAACUGACUGUGAAGUUGGUGAGGCCCUGGAUGCAGAUGCAACAGUGGAACAGCCUUCCUUUGUCAGUCCACCUGAAAGCCUUGUUGGCCAACAUAUAGAAAAUGUGUCAUCUUCACAUGGCAAAGGAAAGAUAACAAAAUCAGAAUUUGAAUCAAAAGUUUCACCAAAUGAACAAGGUAACAAUGAUCCAAAAUCUCCAUUGAGUGCUUCAGAUCAUUUAAAAAAUGAGAGUGCUGAUAUUACAAAACCAGGAGAAACUGACCCUACAUCUGUAGCAAAUCCCAAAGAUCCAGAAGAUAUACCAACAUUUGAUGAAUGGAAGAAGAAAGUUAUGGAAGUAGAAAAAGAAAAAAGUCAGUCAUUGCAUCCAUCUUCCAAUGGAGGGCCACAUGCCACCAAAAAAGUCCAGAAAAAUCGAAAUAAUUAUGCCUCAGUAGAAUGUGGUGCCAAAAUUUUGGCAGCUAAUCCAGAAGCCAAGAGUACAUCUGCUAUUCUCAUAGAAAACAUGGACCUUUAUAUGUUGAAUCCUUGCAGCACUAAAAUUUGGUUUGUUAUUGAACUUUGUGAGCCAAUUCAAGUAAAACAGCUUGAUAUCGCAAAUUAUGAAUUAUUUUCUUCUACUCCUAAAGACUUUUUGGUUUCUAUCAGCGACAGAUAUCCCACAAAUAAAUGGAUUAAGCUGGGUACUUUCCAUGGUAGAGAUGAGCGGAAUGUCCAGAGUUUCCCUUUAGAUGAACAGAUGUAUGCAAAAUAUGUGAAGAUGUUCAUCAAGUACAUAAAGGUUGAAUUGGUAUCACAUUUUGGGUCAGAGCACUUUUGUCCAUUAAGCCUUAUAAGGGUAUUUGGCACUAGCAUGGUGGAAGAAUAUGAAGAAAUUGCUGAUUCCCAGUAUCAGUCAGAACGUCAAGAACUAUUUGAUGAGGACUAUGAUUACCCAUUGGAUUAUAAUACUGUGGAAGAUAAAUCUUCAAAAAAUCUUCUUGGUUCUGCUACAAAUGCCAUUCUAAAUAUGGUGAAUAUUGCUGCUAAUAUUCUGGGAGCAAAAACUGAAGACAUGACAGAAGGAAAUAAAAGUAUAUCUGAGAAUGCCACUGCCACAGCUGCACCUAAAAUGCCUGACUCAGUUCCUGUUUCAGCUCCUGUUCCAUCACCUGAGUAUGUAACCACUGAAGUACAUGUAUAUGACACAGAGUCUUCAACACCUGAAACUCCAAAAGAGAGUCCCAUUGUACAGCUAGUUCAAGAGGAAGAAGAGGAGUCAGGUCCAUCCACAGUGACCCUUCUGGGCAGUGGCGAACAAGAAGAUGAAUCAUCACCCUGGUUUGAGUCAGAGACACAAAUAUUUUGCAGUGAACUGACUACAAUUUGUUGUAUUUCUAGUUUUUCGGAAUAUGUAUAUAAAUGGUGUUCAGUUGGAAUUGCGCUUUAUCGGCAGCGCAGCAGAACUGCAGUGAGCAGAGAAAAAGAUUAUCUUAUGUCAGCUCCACCAUCCUUCCUGCUUCCUGAAGAAUCAGUAGAUGUUUCAGUAUUGCAGCCUCCAAGUGGAGAAUUGGACACCAAGAGUAGUAUGGAAAGAGAAGCUGAAACUGCUGUUCUUGAUGACUUAAAUAGUAUGCAGCAAGGUGAUUUGAUGAAUCACACUAUGGGUGUGAUUGAACUUGAACCAAGCCAUCCUCAAACUCUUUCUCAGUCUCUUUUCUUAGAUAUUACUCCAGAAAUCAAUUCAUUAUCUAAAAUGGAAAUGUCUGAAUCUGUUAAACAUGAGGCAGGGCACACACCAUCACAAGUGAUUCCCCAAGAGAGUUCUAUUGAGGUUGAUGAUGAAUCAGAAAAGAAGUCUGAGAGCUUUAGUAACAUAGAAAAGCCAUCUCUUAGCUAUGAAACAAAUAAAGUUAAUGAGGUUAUGGAUAAUAUUGUAAAAGAAGAUAUGGCCUCCUUGCCAAUUAUUACAAAGCUAUCUGAAACAGUAGUUCCACCUAUAAACACAGCCAUUGUGCCUGAGAGUGAAGAUGGGGAAACCAAAAUGAACACAGCCGACACACCAAAGCAAACUUUGACUCCUGUUGUAGAUUCUUCUUCAUUGCCUGAAGUAAAAGAGGAAGAACAGUCUCCAGAAGAUGCCCUUUUGAAAGGGUUACAGAGGACAGCUACAGAUUUCUAUGCUGAAUUACAAAACUCUACAGAUCUAGGAUAUGCUAAUGGAAAUCUUGUACAUGGAUCAAACCAAAAGGAGUCAGUAUUUAUGAGACUUAAUAAUCGUAUUAAAGCCUUAGAAGUUAACAUGUCUCUUAGUGGUCGCUAUCUGGAGGAGCUUAGCCAAAGGUACCGAAAACAGAUGGAAGAAAUGCAGAAGGCUUUCAAUAAAACAAUAGUAAAACUUCAGAAUACUUCAAGAAUAGCAGAGGAACAGGAUCAGCGGCAAACUGAAGCCAUCCAGUUGCUACAGGCACAACUGACCAACAUGACACAACUUGUUUCAAACUUAUCAACAACAGUAGCAGAAUUAAAACGGGAGGUUUCAGAUCGACAAAGCUAUCUUGUCAUAUCUUUGGUUCUCUGUGUUGUAUUGGGACUGAUGCUUUGUAUGCAACGUUGUCGAAACACUUCUCAAUUUGAUGGAGAUUAUAUGUCAAAACUUCCUAAAAGUAAUCAAUAUCCAAGCCCUAAAAGGUGUUUCUCUUCCUACGAUGAUAUGAAUUUGAAAAGAAGAACUUCAUUUCCACUCAUCAGAUCCAAGUCUUUACAGUUAACUGGCAAAGAAGUGGACCCAAAUGAUUUGUACAUUGUAGAGCCCCUCAAGUUCUCUCCAGAAAAAAAGAAGAAACGCUGCAAGUAUAAAACUGAAAAAAUUGAGACCAUAAAACCUGCAGAUCCAUUGCACCCUAUAGCCAAUGGAGACAUAAAAGGAAGAAGGCCUUUUACGAACCAGAGAGAUUUUUCUAAUAUGGGAGAAGUUUAUCACUCUUCUUAUAAGGGCCCUCCCUCUGAGGGAAGCUCAGAAACUUCAUCACAGUCAGAAGAGUCCUAUUUUUGUGGCAUUUCAGCUUGUACAAGUCUGUGCAAUGGACAGUCCCAAAAGACAAAAACUGAGAAGAGGGCUUUAAAACGAAGGCGGUCUAAAGUCCAAGACCAAGGGAAAUUGAUAAAGACUCUCAUACAGACUAAGUCAGGAUCAUUGCCCAGCCUACACGACAUAAUCAAAGGAAACAAGGAGCUCGCCGUGGGAACAUUUGGGGUUACAGCAGUUUCGGGACAUAUCUAAAUUAAUCAAACUUUUCAUACUGAAGACUUUUUUUGUUGUUGUUCUUUGAAGAACAGUCUGUGGUAUUUGAAGGGUUGGGGGGGAGGAAACAUUGGGAAAAGUAUUCAGAAAUUAUGGUUUCUGCCUUUUUAAAAAAUAGAUGGGAUUGUGUCAGUCUUCGUUAAUGAGCUACAGUUUUACAAGGCUGAUCACUUCCUACAAGGACAAUGGUAAACAUUUUAUAAAGAUGUUUUUUCACAGAUUAAUUACUGGGACAAAUUAAUUUGGAAGCCCAGUUCCUUGGGUGGGAUAGGAAUGAAAGCCUAAACCUCUUCCUCUAGCUUUGUUCCUAUUUCUUGCACCUUCCCCCAUAUUUAUGUGCCUUUUGUCUAUUUAUAAUGCCACUGGAAGAGGAGGGAGAACUUUUUCUGUCAUUUGAUUUCUUUUAUAACUUUUUAGGUUUUUGAAGCUGCAAACACUACAAGGUUUUGGGGUGGUCUGUGCCUGAAGCUCAGCAGUGUGGGUCAGACAGUGUGAAGAGCCUAAAGACUUGCCAGCUAGGUCUGUUGUGCAAACUCACUGGAAAUAAACACUUGCUGGAACUUUAAGUCUGUUCUUUUAGGUAAAUAGUGAUGCUCUUGACGUUAUUUUCAUUUAUCUUAUUUGGACUGGAUUACUUUUUCCAUGGUUACUAAACUCAAUGAGGGGGAAAAAAAGCAACAAGUUCUUUUCAUGCAAACGACUAGUAUUUGCAAAUGUUUUUAUAAAUUUGACUUUAAACACAACUACUUGUGAAGAUUUCAUUAGAUAUUACAAUAACACUAAUCCUCCAAACUUUCACAUCACUGUUUUCCAUUUGUACAAAUAUAUGAGAAACUGCAGAUUUGGCAGCUGAAUUCAAGUGCAUUAAGGCAUGGUCACUGUCUGUGCACACACCUACGCACACACACAGAGCUGCCAGUGGGUUUGUCCCACAAAUCUGGCUGGUCAAGUCUAGGGGAUUGUGAUUCCUUGAUAUUUGCUUUGUAUUGGCCACAAGGUGCAGAGAUAUGUUUGUGUUACGUCAAUAUGUUUGUCUUCAUUUGUGUUUUUUUCUUUUAAAAAAUAAUUGGCAGUGACUGUAUUUGAAUAAAGUGAUUUCAUAGUGUGUGCCUGUAUAACAAGUGAAAGUGGAACACGUUUCUUUUUGAAAGGGAGAGAAUUGACCUUUUGUAUUGUGAGAUUUAAGUUAUAACUUAUUGAGCACUUUUAGUAAUAACUGUUUUUAAACUUGUUUGAUACCUUUCUUGGGGUAUUGUUUAUAAUGUGACUUAUUUAAAGCCUUUUUUGUUUCUUUAAGUUGCUGCUUUAGGUUAACAGUAUGUUUUAGGAGAUUAAAUUGUUUUUGUCCAGUCUGCACAAUUAGCCAUUCAGAGCAAGAGGGCCAGAUUGUAAAGAAGCCCUUGAAAAAAGGUCCAGAUGAGAGCAGAGGCAGAGUGGAAAGUCACACCAUCUGUUGUGGAAAGAGGACUUUCAGUUUGUAACUACGGAGCUGUAGUGCCAUUAGAAACUGUGAAUUUCCAAAUAAAUCUGAACACUUGUCUUUAUUAA